AUGCCGAUUGGAUUGAAAUGGGCCUACAAGUCUACUUUGUUGUUUGGAGAACCCAAAGACGAACGGGCACAGAACUAUCGAACCUAUGGAGCCUCCGGUCCAGAUCAAUCCAAAGCCUUGUUUUUUUCCAAAAAGCGAAAAUCGACAGUCUUUUGGAGGCCCAUGCAAGCUAGAUCGAAUGCUGCCACUACCAAGUAUGUUCGAGAUACUCCAGCCUUGCAGGCCCCACGAUCCUCCAUUCCACCGAUUGUCAAGGAAACGGCCCAAAAUUCCAUGGUAUUUGCACCAGCGCACAUGCCGCAAGAAGAUUUUUUUGGAGAAUUGAAGAAACAUAGAUUUGUCAUUUCUCCUCCUGGAAAUGGAUUGGAUACUCAUGCUACAUGGGAGCGUAAUGUGACUGACAGGACUGCCGAGUCCCGAGCAGAUAUAUUAGAGCGAUUGAAGGCCAACGGUCGUCGCCAAUCUCAAGCCCAAGAUCAAUCAUCUAUCAUCUACUCACAGCUGCUUCAGACCCCCGUAAAUACACCCCAACAGCAAUAUCAAUCACCGUCUAUCAUGCCCAACAGUAGCUACAUCAAUGCACUAGUACGCUCUCUCUACGAUGAGAGUCAGGAGCCCAACAUUGUCACGUUAAGUGGAAGCCAGCCCGAAAUUCGAAGCCCCCAUGCAUUCGAUUUGCAGUCAGAGCCAACAAGUUUGUUCACACGAUCAGCCAACACAUGGGGAGGACAGUUCAACCCUGAUCAUUUCCAGCGCAACGCGUUCGCUAUGAUGUCAGCAAGUCCUGUCAAUGUGGAGAAUGCAGCGUUCGCCGCGAUGACUGCCGCGUCGCAUCACAAAUAUGAAAAAAAUGAAAAAAGAAGCGAUGGCAUCAACAAGAAAUUGCAUUGGGUCAACGGAAGCCACGUGGACGAAACCAUCACCUACAACCAGUAUACCAUCUAUACUGCCGUCCUAGCUCCAACCACAGAGUCUCCGGAAAUCAAGCAAGCAAUCCUACAACAGUCUGUGAACUCCAUCAAGCAGAGCAGACAAAGACAACAAUGGAACACAAGGUGGAUUUCUUGA